AUGAAUUGUGAAGCUUUGAUGAAUCAAGAUGAACACAUCCAAUCAAUUUUGCACAAACAGUCAAAGCAAAUGCGAAGUGAUUAUCGUAUCCAUCUCACUGCUUCGAUUGAUUGUAUUAGAGUUCUGUUGCGACAAGGGAAUUCAUUUCGGGGUCAUGAUGAGACUGAAGGUUCUCUUAAUCCGGGUAACUUUCUUAUCCAACUGGAGUUUUUAGGUGCUCAUAAUAAAGAGAUUAAUGAUGUGAUAUUGAAAAAUGCUCCUAAAAAUUGCAAGUUAACAUCACCGGAUAUUCAGAAGGAUAUAGUAAGGGCUUGUGCAACUGAAACAAUUAAUGUUAUUAUCAAAGAUAUUGGUAAUUCAUUAUUCUCUAUUUUAGUUGAUGAAUCUCGUGAUGUGUUAAUGAAGGAGCAAAUGUCAGUUGUUUUGCGCUAUGUGGAUAGUAGUGGGCAUAUAAAUGAGCGUUUUAUUGGAAUUGAACAUGUUACUAAUACUAUAGCACUCUCACUUAAAGCUGCUAUUGAUAAGAUGUUCACUAAAUAUAAUUUGAGCAUAUCUAAUGUGAGAGGACAAGGUUUUGAUGGAGCAAGUAAUAUGCAAGCUCUUAUAGCUGUGGCCAAGAAAAAUCUUCCAAUUUCUAAUUUCUUUCGUAUUGUUGGUGAUGUGGUAAAUGUUGUUGGAUCAUCCUUCAAACGUUCUGAUCUUCUUAAGGAGAAACAUUCAGAUUUUAUUGUUAAGGCACUACAGAGAGGUGAAAUUUCAAGUAGUCGAGGGCUUAAUCAAGAAACUACCCUUCAACGUGCUGGGGAUACACGUUGGGGGUCACAUUACAAUUCUUUGAACAGUUUGAUUUCUAUGUUCUCUGCUGUCAGUGAUGUGCUUGAAAUGAUUUCAGAAGAUGAUUCCAGUUCUCCUGAUAAAAAAACUGAGGCAUUUAAUUUAUUGGAGUCAAUACUUUCAUUUGAUUUUGUAUUCAAUUUACACUUGAUGAAACAUGCCUUAGGGAUUUCGAGUGAAUUGUCGACAGCAUUACAAAAGAAAGAUCAGGAUAUUGUAAAUGCAAUGGAUUUGGUACAAGUAUGCAAACACCGACUCCAAAAUAUGAGAGAAGAUGGUUGGGAUUCAUUUUUAGAAAAGGUUCACUAUUUUUGUCAACAACAUUACAUUGAUUAUCUCAAAAUGGAUGAUAUGUUCACACGUUGGGCACCACGUGGUCGUCCCCAUCGUAAUCCACCAGAAGUGACAAAUUUACAUCACUAUCGAGUUGAUUUAUUUUAUGGUGUUAUUGAUAUGCAACUUCAAGAAUUAAAUGAUCGUUUCUCAAAGGCAAGUACAGAGUUACUUCUUUGUGUAGCUUGUUUGUGUCCACAAAACUCUUUUAUAGCUUUUGACAAGAAAAAAUUGUUGCAACUGGCUAAGUUUUAUCCACAAGAUUUCUCAAGAUUUGAUAUUCUCGUACUUGAUGAUCAACUUGAAACUUAUAUAUGUGAUAUGCAUUCUAACAAAACAUUUCAAGGAUUGAAAGACCUCGGCGAUCUUUCAGAGAAGUUAGUUAUGUCAAAUAAAAGUAUGGUGUAUCCAUUGGUUUUUAAGCUUUUGACAUUAGCAUUAAUUUUACCAGUUGCGACUGCGUCUGUAGAGAGAGUGUUUUCUGCCAUGAGAAUUGUGAAAGAUAGGUUGCGCAAUCGAAUGAGUGACGAUUGGAUGAAUGAUAGUCUUAUUGUCUAUGUAGAGAAAGAUAUAUUUCUAACGGUUGAUAAUGAAGCUAUUAUACAAAAGUUUCAAAAUAUGAAGACUCGAAAAGAACAAUUGUAA